AUGAAGCGGCAGAACGUGCGCACGCUGGCGCUGAUCGUGUGCACCUUCACCUACCUGCUGGUGGGCGCCGCCGUGUUCGACGCGCUGGAGUCGGAGGCCGAGACGGCCGAGCGCCGGGGGCUGGAGCGGCGCCAGCGCCAGCUCCGCGCCCGCUACAACCUCAGCCGGCCCGGCUACGACGAGCUGGAGCGGGUCGUGCUCAGGCUCAAGCCGCACAAGGCCGGCGUCCAGUGGCGCUUCGCCGGCUCCUUCUACUUCGCCAUCACCGUCAUCACCACCAUCGGAUAUGGUCACGCGGCCCCCAGCACAGAUGGCGGGAAGGUCUUCUGCAUGUUCUACGCCCUGCUGGGCAUUCCCCUCACCCUGGUCAUGUUUCAGAGCCUGGGUGAGCGCAUCAACACCUUCGUGAAAUACCUGCUGCACCGUGCCAAGAAGGGGCUGGGAAUGCGCCGGGCGGAUGUCUCCAUGGCGAACAUGGUCAUCAUCGGGUUCUUCUCCUGUAUCAGCACUCUGUGCAUUGGGGCCGCCGCCUUUUCCUACUAUGAGCAGUGGACCUUCUUCCAAGCCUAUUACUACUGCUUCAUCACCCUGACCACCAUUGGCUUUGGGGACUACGUGGCCCUGCAGAAGGACCAAGCGCUACAGACAAAGCCGCAGUACGUGGCCUUCAGCUUCGUGUACAUCCUCACGGGGCUGACGGUCAUCGGUGCUUUCCUCAACCUGGUGGUGCUGCGCUUCAUGACUAUGAACGCCGAGGACGAGAAGCGGGACGCCGAGCACCGUGCCCUGCUGACCCGCAACGGGCAGGCCGGGGGCAGCGUCCACACCACGGACACGGCCUCCUCCACGAUGGCGGGCGGGGGCGGCUUCCGGAACGUCUACGCCGAAGUGCUGCACUUCCAGUCGAUGUGCUCCUGCCUCUGGUACAAGAGCCGGGAGAAGCUGCAGUAUUCCAUCCCCAUGAUCAUCCCCCGGGACCUGUCCACCUCCGAUACCUGUGUGGAGCAGAGCCAAUCCUCUCCCGGGGCUGGCUGCUACACCGACACUCCCUCCCGUCGCUGCCUCUGCACGGCGCAGCGCUCGGCCAUCAGCUCCGUGUCCACUGGCCUGCACAGCCUUUCUGCCUUCCGUGGCCUCAUGAAGCGCCGCAGUUCGGUGUGACCGGCGGGGUGGGAAUGGGUGAGGCCAAGGGGCAGGCCCAGCCACCCUGCGGGAGAAGAGCCCGGGGGAUUUAUAUUAGGAGUCUAAGCGAGAGACCAGAUUGACUCGUCUCUCCACAGAGAGAGCUACAGACACUACGGAACCGAGUCAAGGGGGUAGUAGAUGUAUCCACAGAUCGGGUGUGACCCCUCUCCCUUUCCCCCCAUCCUCCAGACGGUUCCCGAGCUUGGGGCCCCUGGGCCUUCUCCAGAGGUAGACGCCUCUCCCUGUCGACACAAGCCGGCCCUGGCCUCGGGCCGGAGGCCCGUCCGCUGCGCUGUGCCGUCCCCUGACGGACUCCGUCCUCUGCAAAAUUCCACAAAAUGUGAAACUUGGCCCGGGCAGAAGGGACCGCUGGGAGCUUUGGAAAUCUGUGGGGCUGCCCCAGGACCUGCAGACUAGCUCCUCCCCAGACCCCUCACCUCCGCGGGAGGGGGCUUCUUUGUGUUAUGUGUAUGUUUGCCUCUCUAUUUAUACCUCUCAGCGUCGGUUGGUGUCUCGUGGGUGUAGUUCUCCAAUCAUGUAGUUCUCGUUUCCCUCCCUUUGCUCAGCCGUCGUUGUGGCGUCCUGCCCACCUCCCAGCCCCCACGCCCAACCUGGACCCUUUCUCCCUGUCUUUGGCCUUGAGCUGAAUCUCCUGAACUAGCUCCACUUCUUUCUUCAGCAUGGCUUUGCAGAUAUUGGGAUGGUUCAACCCAAUAGCUGUGAGAGCAGGAGAGAAGGCAGGAGAUGGAAAAGAGGAGUGGAAGGUAGACGGAGAAGGUGAGCGAUGUUUCUCCACCCUCAAGCUGAACUCCAGGUUGAGUUUGGGGGAAUUAGACAUGUAACAAGAUACUUCUCCCUUCUUCCCCUCCUACUUCCUUUCCCCCUCCCUUCCUGACCCUUAGUGAGUGGGCGAGGGCCUCCCAAGCACUCCACUUGCCUUGAUGGUCCUAUCUCCCCUUCUGAGUACCUCUGGUGAGGAGGAGAGUUUGCAAGGAAACCAGAAGUUAGGGGACAGGGGCGUAACCUGGAAGAUGCAGCUAAGUCUCGGGGCAUAAUCAAGACCAAGGCGGUUAUCCUGGACCGCUGCCUGCUACUGCCACCACCCUGAAGAACAGGGAGCUAAUAACCAAUAGGUAGGUGGUCCUCCGGCCUUGAUCUCCCCAAAUCGUGGUGUGGGGGAUACUUGCAAAUGUAGACACUCUAUACAUAAAGCUGCCGGGGGUGAACCUGAGAGGCUCCCGGCUGUUCCUGAAUUUCAUUUGCAGAGAAAUCACCAAAUCAGGAAGGGUUUCAAGAAAAGAGCAGGAGUCAUGGAGGGGGAGGGUUGAGGGUUGGAGGAGCAGAAAAGAGAGAGAUGAAAACCAUCCACCUUGGGCUUUUUGUCUGGGACCAAACUCCUUAAAGCCAACAGCCUUCCUCUUGCCCCUGUGCCCCCAUGCCCCUGUCUUGGGCCAGGAAUGGCUGAGGCAGACAGAGGAAGGCAGGUGAGGAGAUCGA